AUGUUUUCAUUCUCUCGUGUGGUUCUUGCUUCCACCGUUCUCCUCUCGCCAAUGGCCACUCUCGCUCUCAACACGGUUGAACAAGCCAAGCAAGAUGCCACUGGACUCCUCAGAUGCUGGGAGCCCACCGAAGAUGGGAACUACUCUUUGAGCAAGCCUGUUUUUGAACUGUGCUCUUAUAUGCCUGCCGCCAACAACUUCGAGUCAUUCCAUGUGAAUGGAGUUGAUAUGUCUUCCGACAACUACGAAAACAUGAUAAAAAUGUUUGAAGAGCAACACCCGAAACACGCUUUGGUCAAUCUGUGCCUUCAAGAGGCGUAUCAACUGCAGAAGCCAGCAAUUCCAUCGCAAAGUUUGAUCCGAUGCAUCUGCAAGCGGGAUGUAACCUACCGGUGCCGUUCCUUCAAUUUUUGGAUGCAAACAAGAAAGUGA